AUGCCUCGCUUUAAUAGCCCCGUUGAUAAUGCUCAGCUAUUCUAUCGGGACUACAAACCGCUAACCACGAGCACCAUCGAUUCCCGGGGCGUGAGUCCAUCCAAACCGGCUAUCCUUUUCAUCCAUGGAUGGCCGUACUCCUCAUCGAUGUGGGAUAAUAUCGCCGUUCCCUUGUGUGAGUUCCACAAUUUUCGAUGCAUCACGCCGGACCGGCGUGGAUUCGGAAAGAGCGACUGGGAUGGUCCCCGAAGCGAUGGCAACAUCACCUACAAUACCUUCGCUCAAGAUACGGCUUAUCUUGUUGAGGAUGUCCUUAGUCUCGGGCCAUUCGUGGUUAUUGCACUGAGCAUGGGACCCGGCGAAAGCAUACUGGCUUUUGAAAUGAGUGAAUACUUCCGACAGAAUUGCAAGGGAUUCGUGUGGAUUGCCUCAGCCCUCCCUGGCAACCCCCCGGGGACGGACAACGAAUUGGCUGGCCUUGAAGCCGUUUGGAAAUCAAUUCUCGAAGGUCUUGCUACCUCCCGCGCCGAAUACACACAUACUGCAUUACCAGGUGUGAUCGCUGGGAGCUCGGGAUACCACUUGGCCCCUGAGACCCUGGAACACUAUGAGCGAAUUGUCUCAGAUGCCGAUGCGCUGGCGCUUCAACGCUGUGCCCGCGCUAUAAGAAUGGUCGACUUUUCGGAAAAAUUGCAUCGGAUUGGAAAAGAAGAUUCGACACCAAUUCUCUGCAUUCAUGGUGACUCUGACACCGGUUCUCCAUAUGAGACCACUGCGAAGGUGGUAAAAGAGAUCGUUCCCAGGGCCCGGGUGAAGAUAUACGAGGAGGGCGCUCAUGCGCUUCAAGUCACACAUAGGGACCAGUUGGUGGAAGAUGUCUUGGAAUUUGUUCGAAAUCUAUCUGCCCGUUAG